AUGUCUAAGUUUGGCUUAAAGACCUCUCUUAAACUUAUCCCUACAAUAAAGACACAAAGAUUUGAUGAGACUGUAGAAAGCUCAUUAUGUACAGAAGUAGAAAACAGUUUUUUAGAAGAAACAAGUUUUAACAGCGACAUUGAUAUGGAAAUACGUGCAGAAAUAGAGGCGAAGUUUAGGAAAUCGACUACAAAUACAAAUUAUGUAUUCCCAAGAGAUACCAGCUUGGCAUCAUCAAAAAAGGAUUUAAAGAAGCAUCUUUUUAAACCUUCGACAAGGCCAAAAAGUGUUUUGAGAUCUAUGAGCAGAUUAACAGUGGAAAAACCUUUGAAGUCCAUGUCAAAGACAAACCUAUCUAGCGAGGUUUCCACGAACAGGUCAACUAUUCAUAGCAUUAGCCUUCAAAAAUUGUAAAUUUCAUACAGAAAAAAGAAGCAAGAAAUUACUGAAACCAAAAAGCCAUCAAAAUCGCCGCUGAAGCUAAAAUAUAUGCCAAACCCAAAGCAAAACACAAAUAUUUCUCAUAGCAGAACCCGAAGCGAUGCAAUAAGAACCAAAACCCCCAUAUACUCUGUACAUAGAGAACUUUCGCCUGAAAAAUCAAUCCAAUUGCUGAAAAACAAAAUUUAUGGAAUGAAAAAACUCCCAGACAACCCUUACAAUUUUCCCAUAAAGAUACCUCAUCAGACUCCUCUUAGAGACUUAAGACAUAAAUACACGCUAUCCAUGGGAAGUAUCAUUCCAGGGAGUACCGGGCGCAGCUAUAUCAAUUAG